AGAUGUGUUUGUAUUCUCUUAAUUCAAAGUGGAAGUUUUAGUUUAAAUUUGCUUAUUAUAUUGGCUGAUAAUUAUACUCCGUAUAAUGCAGAUAUUAGUUCUUUGGUUGCAAAGGCUGAUGAUGCAAAUAUGGCUCAAGAUGCUGGUGUACGCGAAGCUGUUAGACAGUUGGACAAAGCUUGUAGAGAACAUGGCCUUUUCUACUUGAGAGGUCAUGGCAUCCCGGACUCUCAUUUAAAGGAAGUAAGAGAUGUCACACGCCAAUUCUUUGAAAUGCCUCUUGAAGAAAAAAACAAAAUCAAGAUGAGUGCAGCUACUGGAUACAGAGGAUAUGAAGAGCUUGAUAAAAUUUAUACCAAUGGUCUUCCUGAUGUACAAGAAGCUAUUGAUUAUUACAAAGAAUUUGCAGAUGGAACGUAUGGAGAUAUGGGGAAACCAAUGGAAGGACCUAACUUAUGGCCAUCUAAUCCUCCUGACUUUAAAAAGGUGUUGAAGCAGUAUAUUGAUGUUUCCACAGAACUUUGUAGAAAGAUUAUGAGAGGUAUUGCAUUGGCUUUGGGUGGAUUAGGCAACGAGUUUGAAGGUAAGAUUGCUGGUGAUCCAUUUUGGAUUGUACGGUUGAUAGGUUAUCCUUCGAUCUCUAAGGGGUCAGGUGGAGAAGUACAAUGCAUGGGAUGUGGAGCUCACACAGAUUAUGGUCUUUUAGGAUUGGUCAAUCAAGAUGAAAGUAUAUCAGCUAUAGAGGUUAUGAACAAUUCUGGAGAGUGGAUCUCUGCCCCUCCAAUUCCAGGAGCAACUAUCUGCAUUAUUGGUGAUAUGCUAAAGAUUUUGUCGAAUGGUUUGUACAAUCCUGCUUUUCAUCGGAUAAUCAACGCGUCCCCAAAAUAUCGUGUUAGUGCAGUUUACUUCUAUGAGACUAAUUAUGAAGAACCUAUUGAGGCCUUGGACAUUUGCGUGCAAAAAAGUGGUGGAAAAAAGAAACUUGGCACUGCUAUUUAUGGAGACUAUCUUGUUGCUAAAUUGAAAAAAGCCUAUCCAUUUCAACAAAUGAAGUACAAUAUUUUUUAUUUUUAUUUUUGUUGUUUAGAGAGCCACAAGAGCGGGUGAUGAAAAUCGGUCCCAAGAUCUAUUGAAAUCGGGAGGGGAGCUUUAACCAUUUGAGCUAUCCCUCACUCUCAACAUACGGAGUAUAUCAAGACGAGUUUUUUUGCUUUUUUGUUUUUUUUUUUUUUAUUUAUUUAUUUGUGGAAAAACAAGGAUUUUAUGUUGUACUACUUUGCUAGUUGAAUAGCCAAUUAGCCACGCGUACAUUCUUGCUUUUUAUCGUACGCUUAAUUGUUUUAUUAGUUACAGUCUUACGGAGUAAUAAAAUAAGCCCAUGGUAAUACCAAUAUCCUCCAGGUUGUGGGUUUUACAUAGUGUUAUAAGUUGGGAUAGUUUUGGGGUUAGAAAGUUGAUACAUAAAAAUAUACUUCGGAAUUAUUUUGUGCGUUAGGAGUCGCAUUCAAAACUU